AUUUGACGUAUGACGUAUCGUAUGGGUGAUCUAUACGCUGUGUGUUUGUGCAAUUAAAAUACAAUUUAUUUUGCUGCGUUUGCUCGUUAUUAUAAUUAAGCCACAAUGACGAUUCACAACUUAUAUAUUUUUGAUCGCUAUGGAACUUUGCUGUACUACGGCGAAUGGAACAGGUCUAAACAAUCGGGGAUGUCGAGAGAGGAAGAAGGCAAGCUGAUGUAUGGCAUGCUGUUUUCAAUCAAAUCCUUUGUAUCUAAGAUUUCCCCACUGGACCCGAAGGACGGAUUCUUGCACUACAAGACUUCAAAAUACACACUACAUUGUCUAGAAACACCAUCAGGAUUAAAAUUUGUCAUGAACACUGACAACCAAGCUCAAGGGGUGCGGGAAUUGUUAAAAAAGAUUUAUGGAGAAAUUUAUGUUCAAUAUGCUAUUAGGAAUCCCCUGUGUGGAAUUGGUGAGCCAAUAACUAGUGAACUAUUUAAAAGCAAACUUGAUGCUUUCAUCAAAACUACUCCAAUUCAUGCAGUGAGAGCUUCAUGAUAGAAAAUAUCAAUAAUUAUAAUAGUUAUUUAUGAUUACAAGUAUUUUAAGGUAUGUGUGUAUUUAAUAUAUGUUAUGUAAUGUGUAAAAAUGUAUAUUUGAGAAUUGUGUUUAUGGCAUCAUUCUAUUAGGUACCUAAUUGUGUUGCAACCUCAUCAGAAUGUCUUCACCUGUUUUUAUGUUAAGGUUCUUUUAUACUCAUGGAGCUGUAAGAACAGAGGCAACAAAACAGUUUGUGCUCCGCUGCACUACAUAUAGUUAGGCAACUUACUGUAACUCUAAAGCAACAUUAAUUUUGAAUAAAAUUGUAAGCUUUAUUUAUUAAAUGAAUUGUAACAUAA